UAAUAUAAUAAUAGAGAUUGUAGAAAUUAGCAGUAACCGGUGUUGAGUAGCUUUGGUCCCUUGCUUUUGUUGUGCUAUGGCGCCUGAUGCUGCCGCCGCCAACGGCAAAAAGAGAAGACGCUAUCUUCCUCAUAACAAGGCAGUGAAGAAGAAGGGUUCGUACCCUCUGCGGCCAGGCGUGCAAGGUUUUUUCAUCACUUGCGAUGGCGGCAGAGAACACCAAGCCUCUCGUGAAGCUCUCAAUAUUCUCGAUUCCUUUUAUGAAGAGCUAGUUGAUGGGGAACAUUCAAGUGUAAAGGAGUUACCCAGCAAACCUUUAAAUAAAAAAAUCACGUUUGCAGAUUCUGACUCUUCUAGUAGCGAUGAUGAUGAUGAUGAUGAGGAGGAGGAGGUGCAGGAGGGGGAUGAGGAAAAGGGGGACAAAAAGCCAAAAUUGGAUACUUCUAAUGACGACAACACCAGUCACGAUGAUGGAGUACCUGAAAAAUCAGAUCCUCAUAAAGUUGAUGAACCACACACUCAGGAAGUAGAUGAAACUUGUGAUAAUAAAGGUGCGAAUGACAAUCUUAAGACUACUAAAGGGACAGCUGAUGGUCUACCAGCUGUGAAACAGUGCUGCAAAACAAACGUGCCUGCAUGUAAUUUUAGUGACAAAGUGGAACAGAAGUCUAUUGAUAAGUUAAUUGAAGAAGAAUUCAAAGAAUUGGGAGACAAGAAUAAGAGGUGCUUUGUCAAGCUUGAUUCUGGUUGUAAUGGUGUAGUAUUUGUUCAAAUGCGGAAGAAAGAUGGAGACCGAAGCCCCAAGGAUAUAGUUCAUCGGAUAGUGACAUCAGCAGCAUCAACAGGGAAACAUAUGUCAAGGUUUAUUUUGAGAAUUUUGCCAAUUGAAAUCGCAUGUUAUGCUUCAAAGGAGGAAAUUUCAAGAGCAAUCAAGCCUCUUGUGGAACAGUACUUUCCUGUGGAAACUCAAAAUCCACACAAGUUUGCUGUACUGUAUGAGGCACGGGCAAAUACUGGUGUUGACAGGAUGGAAAUCAUCGAUGCUGUGGCAAAGUCAGUUCCUGGACCCCAUAAAGUUGAUCUAAAAAAUCCUGAUAAAACUAUAGUAGUUGAAAUUGCCAGGACUGUGUGCUUGAUCGGGGUCAUCGAGAAAUACAAGGAACUUUCCAAGUAUAAUCUGAGGCAGUUAACAUCUCGUAAAGACUGAGCCUUCCAGGCAACCCGUAUAGAUGUCGUUCUUGCAGCAUUAUAAUGGCUUAACGUAUUUAGGCUUCCCCUUAACUUCAUGUUGAUACUCUGGUCUGUGACUGUUGUUGUCAUUUUGGAAAGUGUUGAAGAUUAGAUGAUGACUCUUGCAGCUAGUCCUUUGACUAAGUGUAGUUAGCAAGUUCUCACAAAUCAAACGAGAAAAGAAACCCUUACGCGGCAGUAUAGAUCCAUUAAAAUAUCAUCAUUUGAAUUUACAAUGGUUUUUUAAUAAACUUUAAAUUGAAUUUCA